GUGAUAAAUGGUUUUACUUUUUUAAAAAAUAGUGCAAAUUCUGUAUUGUGAGGACAUUAGCAGGGCCUUUCUGAAUUGCACUCAGAUAUGAACUGCUCUGUAUUAACAGCUCUGGGUAGAUAUAUAGAUAUCAGUGGGUAAAAUAAUAUUUAAGAACUUCACAAAGCUCUGGACCCCUGCUCAUCAAGUCCUUAAAUGCCUGUUGCAUGAUUUUAAAUGCUCACCAGUUCUCUGGAGUGGAUGAAAUUGGAGCAGGUGAUCUCAGAAUGGUUCUGUCCAAGCCUUUAGGGCUCUCGUGGUACCUCAACCCAGGGAGUUUCCAACAGUGAGUUCAGGUCCAACAGAAAGCACCAAGAUCAUGAUGAAUCAGAAGGGGCACAUUUUAAAGCUGGAUUUUCUAUAUAUUCUGUAUUAUUCUGCCUGAAUAAUCAUCCAACUGCAUUUCUGUCUUGUUGAAGUAGGACCAGUUGUCCCCGUGACUUUGCUUGCACAGCAACCUCAUUUUAUGGCUCUCUAAAUUUUGAAGCAGUAAUUUUGGGCUUCAGUUCAUGGCUUAUAAUAAAUAGUAACUACCAAGAUUUGUCUGAAUUUCUCUAUGGGGGGAAGAGGAGGAGAAAUCAUUAUCAUGUAGACAAGGAAACUGGAUCUUAGCUGGGUGUGCUUAGCACCAGGGCAGGGAUGGAGGGGAUGUGAGGAGGCUGAAAUGGUGACAGGGAGCAACUACAGACCAUGAGUGGGGAGAGAAACUUUGGACAUUUCUUUUGGGAGUUUUGGGAUCACAUGGAGCACUGUGCUGGGGCAGUGAGGUUGGAAAUGUUGAAUUUUUAGAUCCUUUACAAUAAAAGCUGUUUCCUGGAGUUAUCUGUAUGGAUCUUUUUGAGAGGACAUUUCUGAAUUCUUGCUCUAAGUCUAGUUUGGAGUAGAUGGAAGUGGGAGUUUCAAUGUGUUUGUGCUGCUUCUGGUUCUGUGUCUGGGCUCCUGCUGUAGGGGCAUGGCUGGAAGGGAGUUUGUGUGUUCCAUCACCUUCAUGAAACAGCUCCUUCUGGACUUGUCUGAUCUGUUCUCAAACCUCCACAGUGGCUCUGGAGACUGAAAGGAUUAUUUGAGUGCACUGGUAGCUCACUGGUUAUUUCUAUAUGCAAUCAGUAUUUGUCUUGUUGCAAGUUAGGCCAGUGAGCAUGAAACCAGUUGAUUAACAUUUUCUUUAUUAUGACUUAUAACACAUAGAAAGGCUUAUUUAAAGCUUCAUGUGUCUCUUUCCUAUUGUUUCAAUACGGCGUGAAAUGAAAACUUCAACUUUGUUAUUAACCAUGUUUUCAAAACCUCUGAUCGCUGCUGUCCUCUGACCUCCUCUUCAUGUAUGUUCUUCCUGUGCUGUUGCACCUUGAGAUGAAGAUGUAAUUCCAGCUGAAUUUAAUUCCUCUGCCAUUCCUUACAGCUUGGGAUUGAGUGGAAAACACUAAAUGAUCUUGUUUGCAGUGUGCUGUGGCAGUGGCUGCCUGGGGUUGUGCUGCCUGCUUCUUGUUCUAUUCCUUCAGCAGGAAUUUUCACCAGUUGAACAGUAUUUCAUGUAGCCUCUUUUAAAAAAUCAGGUUAGUGAAUUUUUAUUUGUCCAGCUUCACAGUCUGGUGGGGUGGAAAAAGAAGUUGGGGAGGUCGUAUUGCAGUGAAUCUUCUCUCUACAUCUGCAGCUCAGGGUGGCACCACAGGCACGAUUCUUAUGGCAUUAUACAAAAUGUUUAGUAACUGCUGAAGUUGACAGACAGGUAUUUUUCUCUGUAGUAACAAAAAUAUCUUCCAGUUAUUGGCUAAUAAACGUGGAGAAAAGCGUUUCACUGUUGCCGUUUUCUGUUUGCCUUAAAGACCUUUUCCUGCAGCGCAGGGACAGGGGGUGUGUGUGUGUUCACAGUCUGUGUUUGCCUGCCUCUUGUGCCACUCUCCUCCAGUGGGUGCCCCUUUUCUUGGGUGGUUUCCCCUGCCCUGGCCCAGCCUGGGCUCUGUUCCUGCUGUGCCAGGGGUGCCUCCCUGGGAACGGGCACGUCAAGAAGAACCAGAGCAUCCAGGGCACUGCCAGCUGCUGUGGAUUUGUGUCUGGAGGCCCUUUGUGAGUGCCAGGGCAAACUGUGCUUUGUGCUGGCAAGCUCCUCUCGUUCUCUUGGCUGCUGUGGUGUCUGCCCAGCUCGGCGAUGUGCGUGGGCACUGCCAGGAGGGAGCAGGGGAAAUAUUUCAGGUCCAUCGGUUUCCUCACAGCGCGGAAUUUUAUUGGAAUCUGACCUUCCUCCCGUUUGAUGAUCCUGGCUUUGUCAAGUGUAUACAGGAAGGUAUCUGGAUGAUGUUUCUUUGCCAUUAAAUAAAGCCUAAGUACAAAUAAAAUAGAUGCAGAUUGGUUUGACUCUUUAAAGUAGACGUGGGAGUUUUAAGGCCGGAGGUGUGGAUAAUGCUUCCUGUGCCUGGUCACUCUUUGGGCUGUUCUUGGUACUCAAAGAGCAUUUCCUCUGCCCCUUGUCUUGCACCACAAAUUUCUGAUUAGUUUUUAAAAGGCAUGGUCUCCAUAUGAAUUUCUCUGUCAUAGAAGAUUCUCCCAGUGAAUGACUUUCAACUCAAAUCAUUGAUUUCUUCAUGUUUAAAGAUCUGUUUCACUAAAUAUCAUUAGCAAACUGACCUCCACCUUUAAGAAUAUCUUUUGUGUACUGGUUUAUAUUUUACUUUUGCUUGGCAAAUUGACUUUCAGGCAUUUUCAAUAAUCCGAGCAAAGUAGUGCAUGGUCAUCUUUUUGGUAUGUUGUGUCUGUGAAUAGUAUCUGGUGUUCCCUAUCUUUAGACAACAUCAUGUCACACUGGGGCUAGGGGGAACUGUUAAUAGAUCAGCUGCCAGGGAACUGAACUAAAUACCAGCAGGUUGUAACCUGAAUUCUAACUUGGUGUGUUUGGUCUGUACCUCUGAACAAAUGACAUUACAAUUUUCCUGUUGGUGGUGUGUAUUGUCAGUGUCUGGUGUCUCGUAGUUCCUACACAAAGUGCUAAAUAAACUCUGCACCGCUGUAUUUCUGUUGUCACAUUUAAAUAAAGCCUCCUGUGAAUAGCAGCUUUUCUCUCCUCCCUUUUUAUUCCGUGGUUUAGAUCAUUGUGCAGUGAAGCAGCUUUUGUACAAAAGCAGUGUUGGGGUGAGAUGUGACACUGAGGGGGGACCCUGAUGUGGGGCAGGAGCUGCUGUUGGGCUGCAGGUGACACUGAGAGCUCCAAGGGAAGGAACACCAGCGAUGCCAUCGCUCCUGGAGCCAGCCCUGACCUCCUGGGACUCAGCUCUGCCUCCCUGGCCUCAAAUCUUGGAUUUUCUUCAACAUUUUCCUGCAUUCCCUGAGGAGACACACAGCCCUGGAGCAGGAGGAGGACAAAAAAUGUACAAAUGCUCCUGUGAACUCCUGUCUGGACCCUGCUGCCACAGAAACCUCCAGCUGGGCAAUGGACACCUGGAUUUGUGUUUGUAGGAAGAAAAAAGACCUGUUGAGUCUCCCACAGUGCCUCCACUUCUGCUGCUUCUGUCAAACUGCAUUGGUGCUACAGAUCCAUAACAUGGUGGCAGUGCUGGAAGUGAUCUCCAGCCUGGAGAAAUAUCCCAUUACCAAAGAGGCACUUGAGGAAACCAGACUCGGGAGGCUUAUCAAUGAGGUGAGGAAGAAGACAUCCAAUGAGGAACUUGCCAAACGUGCCAAGAAAUUGUUGCGGAAUUGGCAGAAGUUGAUAGAACCCGUGACCCAGAACGAGCCAGUGCCAAGGGGGCUGCCCAACCCGCCAGGAUCAGCAAAUGGAGGUGCCCACAACUGCAAACCAGACUCACAACUCCCUGCUGUGGCCGGCGCCAAGCCCAUCAGCGAACUGAAAAGUAGGAAUGAUAUCCAGAAACUGAAUUCUCCCAAAACAGAGAAACUUGGAAAUAGGAAAAGGAAAGGUGAGCACAGGGAUGGGCAUCAGGGCCCUCCUCCCCCAAAGGUCUCCAAAGCUAGUCAUGAAGUAUUACAAAACUCUUCGCCCCCUCCAACCAAUGGAAUUGGAGGUAGUCCUGAAAAUUUUCCUAGUCCUGUAGACAUAAACCUACAUGCAGGGCCCGAAAGCAGCAGGACAGAUCUCAGUGAAAACGAUAAACACAAUAAGAUCCCAGUAAACGCUGUAAAACCUCACACCAGUUCUCCGGGACUCGUAAAGCCUUCAAGCACUUCCUCGUUACUAAAGACUGCAGUGCUUCAGCAGCAUGAUAAAUCAGAAGAAGCCACGGGCCCCCACCAGCCCAAGAGCCCACGCUGCUCCUCCUUUAGCCCCAGGAACGUUAGGCAUGAUACUUUUGCUCGGCAGCACACCACGUACUCACCAAAGGAUUCGAUGCCCAGUCCAUCUCAGAGGUCUCAGCUCGCAGACGCCGCGCCGGUGCCGUCGCCGCCGCCGUCCCUGAUGCAACCAUCCACACCUCCCAUGCCAGCCAAGAGACUGGAGUUCCCUCCUCAGGCGGCCCCCGAGGCAGGGCAGCACUGGCAGGAGCAGCAGGGAGCCCCCGAGGGCCAGCACAGGCACACAGCAGGGACACUUCAGCAGCACACGGCUCCCGGCUGCAGAGCCCACCCCGCGGAACCGCACGCGGCCUUCCCGCAGGACGCCUCCAGGAUGGACAGUGACGACGCUGCUUCAGGGUCUGACAGCAAAAAGAAGAAAAGGUACCGACCCAGAGACUAUACAGUCAACUUGGAUGGGCAUGUGACAGAAGGGGGUGUGAAACCUGUGAGGUUAAAAGAGAGAAAACUCACUUUUGAUCCCAUGACAGGACAGAUAAAACCUUUAACACCGAAAGAUCCUUUGCAGGUAGAAAUCCCUGCACUUACUGAACAGCACAGGACAGAAACGGAAAAGCAGGAGCAAAAACCCAACCUGCAAAGCCCCUUUGAACAAACGAACUGGAAAGAGUUGUCCAGAAAUGAAAUCAUUCAGUCAUAUUUAAACAGACAGAGUAGCUUGCUGUCUUCAUCAGGAGUACAGACUCCAGGAGCUCACUACUUCAUGUCUGAGUAUUUAAAGCAGGAGGAAAGCACUAGAAAAGAGGCUAGAAAGACUCACGUUCUAGCUCCUAACAGCAAACCUACAGACUUGCCUGGGGUCACCAGAGAGGUCACGGGCGAUGACCUCGACAGGAUACGUGACCACAAGUGGCCGGGCGUGAACGGUUGUUAUGACACACAGGGUAACUGGUAUGACUGGACACAGUGCAUAUCCUUAGACCCACACGGGGAUGAUGGGAGACUCAACAUCCUGCCUUACGUCUGCCUAGACUGAGAGCAGCUCUGCUCAGCGAGCUCUUGACACCCGCAGUUAGCAGAGCUGGCAGACACGAUGCCACUUCCAGCUGGAGAGAGCCUCCUGUCCUGGACAAACAGGCCCCACGAGCAGGGGGGGAGGGAGGGAGCUGGGCCUUUCCAGCUCGUUCCUUUAAAUUCUCCUUUUGUGAAAUGCUGCUACCAGUUUACUAACAUUGCAAAGGAAGGCAUACGAAGGUUGAUCAGUUGAGUUUAAAACUCUAUAUAGCGAGCCAGCUAUAAAAAGUGUUAGUCCCCAAGAAGUGAAGAGGAUUUCCAGCACUUUGUGAAUGCCGGAAUCUUAUUACAGGCAGGUACAGAGAAAAAUUGUGGAAGUUACCUUAACAAAAUAUGCAUCUAUUUAUUUGACUUGAUUUGGGUUUUUAUUUGGCAGUGAGGUAUUCGAGAGACAAUGUGCAAAAACUGUAGUUUUAUUUCUAUCACAUCUCUGAACAUGAUUGCGUUAUUUAAGAGUCAUGUGGUACGGAGAUUGGGUUUUAAACAGCAGGUGUUGCACUGCAGGCUGGGCCACCAGCUUCAGCUCAACAUUCCAUAGGCAUCCACAUAUUUUAGUCUGGUUUCAGUUUAAAUCCAGUCUCUGAGAAAUGCUGCAAAAACUAGAUGUUUAACGAUAUUUUUUGAUCCCACCACCACCAGCCAAAUAUUUUUCCUCCUUUUCCCUUCCUGCAAACUUAAUAGGUAAAAAAACAAAAAGACAAAAAAAACCAAAAAGACAAAAAAAAAAAAACCACAAAAAGAAAAAAAUCACCUUUUCUAGAAUCUAAAUGUAAUGAGGGUGCUACAAGUUUGUAACUGUACUGUGAGAGGGAAAAAGGAAGCCUGUUUGUAUGCUGGAAAUAUACUUGUUACCAUUCCUUUAGAUAUUGUUUGCCUUAUGGAUAUCCAUCAUAAACGCAAUUUGCAAAAACAAAGAGCCUUAGUGAAUGUACAGUAACUAGACUUCUGUGUUCCUGGGAUGCAGAAGGGAGCAACUUUGCUAUUUGGUCCUUUAAGUGGACACGUUGUGAUAUAAAUGUGGAAAUAAAAAAAAUUUGCACAAA